AUGAUGAAAUCAAUUUCAAAUAGCUUUAAACGAUACAAAUAUUUUUUAUUAGUUAAUUAUUCCAAGGAAUAUCAUUUUAAACAUAAACUUUUAUGUUCAAUCAUUAUAACUUUUGUUUUAAUUACAUGGACUAUGGUCUACAAAUUUUAUGAUAAACAUGAUUUUGCAAUCCAUUUACCAAAUAACGAUUACUGCUCGGAGAAUAAAAUUCACAUUGUCAUUUUAUUCUAUGGUAAUCAUGGUCUACAAUACUUGAACAGUUUACUGAAAUCGAUUUUUUAUCAUCAAAAUGGAAGAUUUCGUUGUGAUUUGAAAAAUUGUUGUGUGUCAAAUUUUUGUGAUCGAUUUAAUGAGAACUGUCACACCAAUUUAUCGAAUAUGCUCACUCCAUCAUACACAACUGUAUUUCAUUUUUUAAUCACUAAUAUGUCAUCAAAUAGUGCUUUGAUGGAUUUGAUGAAUUCCUGGAAAUUACGCAACAUGGAGUAUUAUUUUUAUAGUUGUGAAGAUCAUUUGGAAAAUCUUCACUGGAUACAAUCUUAUCAUCCAGCAGGUUUGGAACCUUUUUUAAAACUAAUGCUAACGGAGAUUCUUCCAUCAAACAUCAGUAGGGUUAUUGUUCUUGACAUUGACAUACUUCUAAAUGCAAACAUUGUUGAAUUAUGGAAUCAUUUUGAAAAUUUUAACGAUACUCAGAGUAUUGGUAUUGCAAUAGAACAACAUUGGUAUUUUCGAUUGAUUAUGCGAAAUUUAGAAAGUAACUGGAAAGGUUAUGGAUAUAAUAACGGUGUACUAUUAUUUGAUCUGUCCAAACUAAGAUCAACUUUAUGGAAAAAGAUAUGGAUAUCUUUAACCAAGGAUGCACUGAAUAAACAAGGUUCUUUAGCCACAGGAGAUCAGGAUAUUUUAAAUUUAGUGUUAUUUAAUUACAAAUAUAUUUUGUAUGAGAUUCCAUGUGAAUGGAAUAUUCAACUAAGUGAUAAAAGUGAUGCAAGACGAUGUCCUGUGAGUUGGUUAACAUAUUCAGAAUUGAAAAAACGCAAUUUUUCAACAACGUUUAAACAACCGAAACUGAUUCAUAUCAAUCAUCGUAGAAAAGCAAAUGAUGUAUCAUGGAAAAACAUAUCAACUGAAAACAUUGAUCAAUCGGAUACGAUGCUUCAAAAAUCCGAUUUAUAUAUGAAAUAUAUAUCGCUUUAUCGUCAAUAUGCUAGUUUAAAUGAAUCGUGUUUCAAAUAGACUCAAGCUA